CGUUGCUCACUAGUUUUUGCCAGCUCUACGAAUGAGUGAGAGGCAAAGAAACAAUGCUUAUGCGGUUAACGAAAGUACAUGUUCCUUGGCUAUUUGCAAGCAACCUUUUAAUAAACCCUUUUGAAUGUGUGUCCCGCCCAUCUUGACCAAUUUGCAGAUGCGACCAGCGUUAUCAAGCAUGAUUGUCAAGCGUUCGACACAGAGAGACUCCUCAUCAUCGGUUGGAUCGGCAAGAACACAAUUUCCGAAGACGGUCCAGGAGAAAGACUCGAUGUGUGAAGAUAAGGCAAGAGGAUGUUUUGCGCGUUCAUCAUGAACACAGACAACACGCUCCUCAUCUUCGUCCCAAACGACAGCGGGUAAACGCGUCGUUUCAAGAGCAUGCAUGAGAGCUUUCCACGCGCAGUCAAAUGCAUUACCAUCAUAGUUCAAGCAAACGAUGUCAGCGUACAGACACCAAGCUGCCUUCUUCUCGCGUAUGCAAAGGGACUCGAGCGGCACGAGACAUGUUCUGAUAAGGUUAGUGUGACGAGAACAAGGGCAGAGAAAGCGGACUGUGUUCGUCGAGACAGAGCUCGGUUUGAUUGAGCAACUCAUCUCAAAUCUGUAACUUACUGUUCUAAGACCUGAUUCAUCUGUUCCGAGACAACCUGAGCCAGUUCACGAGGUGGACCGGGCUUGAAUUUGCCGUUGCACAAGGGUCCCAUCUCAACAUUGGGCACAAUCCAGCCUCGAGAAGGAGCCUCCAGCUCUGGUUCAGCAAUUUCUGCCUUGAUACCACACACGAAAACGCUCUCACCAGCACGAACAAUGCAACUGCCGUCUGCGGUAGAGAUACAUUGGGUGUUGACUACCCUCGGCCGAAAUUCCGACACAGUCCGGCCGUCUGGUCGAACCUGGUUAUCGAGGAAAUGUUGUAAAUAUUGCCCGGGAGCAAUACUUUUGUAAAUGCUGUUUUGUAUUAGUAAAAGGAAGAGAGAGAGUGUGUGUAGGGGGAGUGAGACGAGACGAGACAGUAGGGAAACGGCGGGAAACCGUUUUUGGCUUUUUCGUUCAAGCACACUGAACAUUGUGAUUCUAUGAAUGACUUGAAAAUUCCUUUCAAAACAAAAAUUGUUUCCCCUUCAAAACUUUGACCCUAAGACUAAACCGUAAGACCUCUAUACUUCCCAGUCUUAACCCAAAGACUAAUCCUUGAUCGUUCAAACUCGUUCAAAAACGGACUGACAGCAUGGACACCAAAAUUCUCAAAAAAAAAAAAAAAAAAAAAAAAAAAAAAACAGAAUCCCGUCCGAAUCCCUUUGCAUCGUCUCCGUUCAUGCGACUUACCUCGGCGGAAACGACAAUGGUUUCACGUCAGACAUGGCGGUCGGUACGUCGUUUCUGCUCUUCAUCCUCUAGCGGUCACCUUGGUGGGGUAUGUGGGGAAUCCCACAUACCCCCGUUUCGCUGGACGAUGCCCCCGCACGGGACAUGGGGGUACGGCGGGUGAGACUCGUCCACAGCCAUGCACGAGCAAAAUCCGAAAGCGGACGUUGCUGAGCUGCGCAGCUUGGUGCGGUAUUUGCGAGAGGCCAAUGCGACAAACCUCAGCUGGCAGUUGUAUCGCGCACACUUGCAGCGCCGAGAGGCUCUUGCUGCAGCUAAUGGAAAACUGAACGCGUCGACGGCGGGGAGAACGCGUGCAACAUCCCAGAACAGAGUCAUCAGAGCUUCUCCCGGUGUCGUAGAGGAAGGAGAGGCUGCGUCUGACGGUCUGAGCAGCUCGGAUCACCGCGAAAUCCUCACACAGGCUCCAACUUCCUGGCAAACGCCUGCUGAGCCAGAACCGGUUGUUCCGCGCGAGAAGCGCGGUUCAUCCGCGUCAUGCCCGAAACAACAAUGGACCCGGUGGCCGGUUGAUCGUGCUCGUUAUGACCUGGACGAACGCCUCCCGCUGCAUCUGGCGAACCCGGCAGCGGCGCUUAGGCGGCAGCUCGCGCUGCUCGUCCUGCACGUCGCAACACGCAGCCUCCAGUCCCGCGGCCGAGAACCGAGUGCCGAGGAAUUCCCGAAUGCUGCUGCCGCUAUGCUUCCAGUCCGACACAUGCAGCAAGCUCUUGAGCGGCUGCUCGAUGCCGUCGAUCUCGUCCACCAGGCCCACGGAAGUCAACGGACCGCGGCUCGGAUGGGUUCAAUCGGAUGGACCGCGGUGUUGCCACUGCUUGAGCUGAAGGCAAAGGCGGCUGCCGGUAAUGCCACGAGCAACGAAGCCCUGGAAGCAGUUGCUGUUCGGGCUUUGGCCCGGACGCGUGCUCGGUGUGAGCUCCUGUUUCGGGCCGACGAAAUGCCCGAAAGCGGCGAAGAGGAAGAGGCCGAAGAGUCCGUCUGAGUGGGAACCGGAGAACUGUUUCGGUCACUUCGUCAAGUUGCCUACUCACACUCUACGCCGUCUUCGGUCAAAUUCUCGGCCAAAUUGGCUACCCCUGACGUCUCGGUUAAUAUUUUUCCAGCUCUCGCAGCUGAUUCGCUCUCGCUAAGUCUUCAACGCUGUGAUUGGUUGUCGCCAAGCAGCGAGCAAAUCGCUGCAGUCCGUCCUCGUCUUGCCCUUCUUCGGUCAAUUUUCACCUCCUUCUCGGCCAUCUUUGGCCAUCAAUCGGCCACCUCUGGCCAGGCGGCAUCUUG